CUCCACGGCGUCCACGCUGAAUGAAACUUACGGAUCGGAGGGUCUUCGAUUUUUGUGGCAGUCAAACAUACCAUCGAAAAUUUCUGAGGCGCUAUCUAAAGGGGGAGAAGGGAGGAGGAGAAGAUCCUGAAUUGGAAGGGAACUUUUCCAUGCCAUGGUGGCGGUCGUCUUUUCCCCCCUGUCGUCGCUUUGGCCGCUCCUAUGGCUAGGGUUCGCGUUAGCAUUCGGGUUGGGCGGCUCGCCGGCGGCCACCUUCAAGGUCCCCUUCCGCGUCGGCGACGUGCUUCCGAUCCUCCCCCACCAAAUAUCCUGGCCGGUUAUGAAUAACCUGCACAGCGCUGUCGACCUCCUACCGUCCUAUGUCGGAUCCGUCGUCGCCGAUGCUGCGGCCGUCGGCUGGAAAGGCGCCUGCUUCUUUGAGAACGAGGCGCGACUUGAAUUCAUCGAGCAUGGGGAAGGCAGUGACAAUGAGAGCAGCAACAGCGGCGCAAUUCUACGUCUCAAGACCGAUGCAGCACAUAGCUGGACAUGUAUGGAUCUCUAUGUAUUCGCAACACCAUACAGGAUAACGUGGGAUUAUUAUUUCUCAGCACGGGAACACACACUCAUGAUAAAGUCAUGGGAAGAUGCAGCAGAAAUGGAAUAUGUUAAACAACAUGGUAUAUCUGUAUUUCUCAUGCCCUCCGGAAUGCUUGGGACUUUGCUAUCUUUGGUUGAUGUUUUGCCUCUCUUUUCCAACACUGGCUGGGGCCAGAAUGCUAAUUUAGCAUUCUUGGAGAAACAUAUGGAUGCCACCUUUGAGCAACGUUCUCAACCUCAUCAGGCUACAAUUCGAGUAGAGGAUAUCCAUUCAGGUGAUUUCCUAGCAGUUUCAAAGAUCCGCGGUCGCUGGGGAGGUUUUGAGACAUUAGAAAAAUGGGUGACUGGUGCAUUCGCUGGGCAUACAGCAGUUUGCUUAAAGGAUGAAGUGGGUAAUCUCUGGGUUGGAGAAUCUGGACAUGAGAAUGAGAAGGGAGAGGAGAUUAUUGUGGUGAUUCCAUGGGAUGAGUGGUGGGACUUGGCACUGAAGGAUAAUUCUAACCCUCAAAUAGCGUUGCUGCCUUUGCAUCCAGACUUGCGUGCAAAAUUCAAUGAAACAGCAGCAUGGGCUUAUGCUAGGAGCAUGUCCGGAAAACCCUAUGGGUAUCACAACAUGAUAUUUAGCUGGAUCGAUACCAUAUCUGAUAAUUAUCCACCUCCCCUUGAUGCUAAUUUGGUAAUGUCCGUUAUGUCCAUGUGGACUAGGUUGCAACCUGCUUAUGCUGCUAAUAUGUGGAAUGAAGCCCUCAACAAGCGACUUGGGACAGAGGGGUUGGAGUUCCACGAUAUUAUCGUUGAAACUGAAAGGCGUGGAAUGACCUUCGAUCAGUUGCUCACCAUGCCCGAACAAGACGACUGGGUUUACAGUGAUGGAAAAUCUACAACUUGUGUCGCUUUUAUUCUGGAAAUGUACAAGGAGGCUGGAAUAUUUGGCCCUCUAGCCAACUCCAUACAAGUUACUGAAUUCACUAUUCGCGAUGCUUACAUGCUUAACAUAUAUGAGAACAACCAGACGCGAUUACCAAGCUGGUGCAAUUCACAGGAGGAAAAGCUUCCUUUCUGCCAGAUACUAGGGGAUUACAGAAUGGAGCUGCCUGAAUACAACACUAUUGACCCUUACGCGAAUAUGAACGAAAACUGCCCCUCCUUGCCUCCAACUUACAUUCGACCCUCAAGUUGUUGAUUUGUUGUUUGCUCAUCACCAAUAAUGGUUGCAUCCAGUCUCUGAAGUGAAUGGUGAAUUUCACUGGGCGAAGAAGAGGUCAUAUUAGUACACCAUUCUGUAUAUUUAGAACUGCAGGUUCCAUGUAUUUAUUGAGAUUUUCAACAAUGGAGAUGAACCUUUGUAGCAAGAUUUCAAAGCUUUAAAUUGCUUGAAAAUCGAUUCUAAUA